UAUAAGCAAUUUCCACUCCGCUAUGAUCGUCGCCGAAUUCCCAUAGAAACAAGCACGUCCGCCUUCUGAUUGUUCGGCAUAAUGGGUCCUUCAAAGUCGCUCAGAAAAUCAUUCUUAGCCUUAUUCAUCUUGCUGCUAAACCUUCGGAUCACCGGAAGUAGUGAUUCUUCGCUAGGUUACAAUGGAGACGAGAGAGACGCUCUUUAUGCUCUGAGAGCCGCUUUCAAUAAUCCUUUCUUGAACAAAAACUGGACUAGCAUACAUUGUUAUAUGGAUGAACCGCCGAGAUGGUACGGUAUUCAGUGCAACAAUGGCCGGGUCACAGGAAUAGUACUGGAAGGUAUGGAGCUGAAAGGGAUGAUCAGUUUUGACGCCCUCAUUCACUUCUCCGAGCUAUCCAUCCUGAGCUUCAAGAACAAUGCUCUUCAAGGGAGAAUAAUGAAUUUUUCAAGUAACCAGAAGUUGGCCAGAAUCGACCUCUCGGGGAACAAGUUCCACUGUCCAAUCUCGGAGUCGCUCCUGAGUCUAGCUCUACUAGCAUCAUUGCAGCUCCAGAACAACAACUUGACAGGGGAAAUCCCGGAGUUUAAACAAUCUACCUUGAUCUCCUUCAAUGUGUCCAACAACAAUAUAAGCGGGCCAAUCCCAUUGAAGCAAACUUUCCAAUUGUUCGGCAGGGAGUCAUACUUGGGCAACCCAGGACUAUGCGGACCACCCACGCAUAAGUCCUGUGGUAACUCAAGCUUCCAGGAGUCAGCGAGCAAUAGCCUGUCAUCUUCCAAUCCUUCUGGAAAUGCAGAUAAUAGUACUGAAAAAAGCAAGAAUCCUUCCAAUUCUGGCUUUCGCAUUCUUUCUCUGCUAUUCAGCGUGGUGGCUCUACAUGCUGUGAUCUUUCUCUGUAUCUUGUCCUAUAAGAAGGCCAAGAAGCUCAAACGAUUCAUGAACCAAGAGAAUAGCAGAGAAGAAGAAGCAGAAAACGAGAAAGAAGAGAAAAGCGAGGUGGUCGAGAGCGGCAGAUUCGUAGAGAGGGGAAAAGAUAGGGGGAAGCUUAUAUUCCUGGCAAAAGGUGGGGGGUUCAAAUUGAGUGAUCUUUUGAAGGCAUCUCCGGAGGAAAUCGGGAAAGGCGUCUUUGGGAACACCUACAAGGCGAUCUUGGAUGAUGGGAAAGCCCUCGUGGUGAAGAUUUUGAGGGAUCUAAAGCCAAUGACUAGAAAGGAGUUCACGAGGCAAUUGCAGUUGCUGGCCUAUCAAAAGCACCCAAAUCUGAUUUCUCCUCUCGCCUGCUUCUUCUCUAAGCAACAAAAGCUGUUGAUCUACAGACACGCAGAGAAAGGCAACUUGUUUGACCGCAUUCACGGAGGAAGGGGAAGCAAAGAGCGGGUGCCAUUCAGGUGGAACUCCAGACUAUCAGCUGCUCUAGGCGUGGCUCGUGCCCUACACUACCUUAACGUGAACUCCAACUCAAGACCAAAUGUGAUCGUCCCACAUGGGAACCUGAAAUCAAGCAAUGUCCUCCUCAAUCAAGAUGACACCGUCCUUGUCUCUGACUACGGCCUCUCCUCUCUCAUUGCACUCCCCAUUGCCGUGAAAUCCAUGGUCUGCUUCAAAUCCCCUGAAUACCAAACCACGCAACUGAUCUGCGAGAAGACCGAUGUCUGGAGCUACGGUUGUCUGCUUCUCGAACUACUCACUGGCCGAGUCUGCGCCAAUGGGGCCCCACCGGGAGUCCAUGGCGUAGAUCUCUGCAGCUGGGUUCGCUGGGCAGUGAGAGAGGAAUGGACCGCCGAGAUCUUCGACUCCGAGUUCAGAAAGGAGAAAAGGUUAUCCGAUGGGAUGUACAAGUUGCUGCUGAUAGCGAUACAGUGCAGUGAUCGGUCGCCUGAUAGGCGUCCUGAGAUGGCGGAUAUCGUGUACCAGAUUGAGUAUAUUAAGGUGGUCGACGAUUGCGAGGACGACUCUGUCACGUCGCAUGACGACAUUGUUCAAAGCUCCUGGUGA